GUAAGAAGAUAGUAGUAUCUAAUUUUAAUUAUCAGCAGUUUUUUGUAGCAGAGCUAAAGGACAAUUUUGGUUACAAUGAUCGCACUAGACUAAUUCAGUCGCUACUUGAUCAAGGGUGUGAUUUGAAGAAGUUGAAGCCAUUUGCUGAUAGCGGCGUGAGACCCGAGUAG